AUGCGCAGCUGCCAAUUGAUGUUCGGCCUCUGCGCCCUUCUUAUGGCCUUCGUCCUGGUGACGGCCACCACCCCGCCGCGUCCAACGACCACCAGGAGGUCGAUAAUAACCCUUGGGCCCAGGAUCUGUCCCCUGCCGCCGGUCUGUGCCCGUAACAGUCCGCGGGUCUGCGGAAGAACCCCGGCUGGGGACUGCCAGCGCUUCGCCAACAUCUGUGAUCUGAUCCUGGCCAACAGGCGCAAGCAGCCCGCCGGAGUUCGGCAUACCCGCGACCUGGACUGCAAGGAUGUGCGCGGCGUGGGGGCGGCCAACAGGCGUCCUUGCUACCAGCAGUGUCCUCGCCGCCCGGUGGUCUGCAAGCGAUCGCCGCCCGCCCAGCACAUUUGCGUGAGGAGCCGGGACAAGAAGCAGUGCAAGGUCCUUUCCAACAACUGCCAGCUGCGCAAUCAGAACUGCCACAGCAGGCCGAGAAAUAACUGGCGACGAACGGAUAAGCGUCGUUGUGGUGAGCGACAGUUGGGCGACAAGCCCGAGGAAUGCAGGAAGCUGCCACAUACUGGAACCCGCAGGACCACCACCCGCAGGACCACCACUGCCAGGUCCGCUUAA